AUGUCGUCUUCGUCCUCCUCAGGGGCUUCCGCCGCCGCCGCGUUCACGCCAGUCUCCCAGCAGCAGCAGCAGCAGCAGAUGCCGGCAGAGAACCUCAGCUCGGUGAUGCAGCUACCGGCACCGGUGCAGGAAGAGACACCCACCGACGCCGAGCAGCUCUGCUACGUGCACUGCCACAUCUGCGACACCGUCCUCGUCGUGAGCGUGCCGAGCAGUAGCCUGUUCAAGACGGUGACGGUGCGUUGCGGCCACUGCAGCAGCCUUCUCACCGUCGACAUGAGGGGUCUCCUCAUGCCGACCACAGCCACCGCCACCCCCACCACCACUGCGGCUAUGUCCGCCAACUCCGCCGUCACCACCAGCACCAGGACGUCUCCUCCACCGGCCGCCGCUGCCGACCACCGCCAGUUCCACUACCCCAACUCGCUCACCAUCCUGCCUCCCCGCCACUCCCUCCUGGAUGAGAUAUCCAGCCCCAACCCGAGCCUGCAGCUACUGGAGCAGCACGGACUCGGCGCCCUGAUCGCCGCUGCAGGCGGCAGGAACGCCGCGGCACCGGUGCCGCUGCCGCCGCCAGCCUCGGUGGGGAAAGGACCGGGAAAGGAGCCGUCCCCGCGGACCAACUCCGUCGUCAACAGACCGCCGGAGAAGAGGCAGCGCGUCCCGUCGGCGUACAAUCGCUUCAUCAAGGACGAAAUCCAACGCAUCAAGGCUGGCAAUCCCGACAUCUCGCACAGGGAGGCCUUCAGCGCGGCUGCCAAGAACUGGGCUCACUUUCCGCAUAUCCACUUUGGCCUCAUGCCGGAUCACCAGGGGCUCAGGAAGACCAGCCUCCUACCUCAGGAUCAUCAGAGAAAGGACAGCCACGGGCUUCUGAAGGACGGGCUUUACGCUGCGGCCAACAUGGGGGUUGCUCCGUACUGA